UUUUGAGACCGUCAUUGGUUCAAAUAAUUAUUUUAUCUAAUUGCCUUUUUUUUUUACAUAGACGAUAUUUCUGUUAAAUUGUUGUUCUUGGUCGACAAAAGACAUGUCCUGCUGACCAAUUAAUCGAAUAAAAGGGGGGCGUGGCAAAAGCUUUCAAAACUACUACUCACUACGAAUCAGACCCAAACUACACUCACAAGAGUACACCUGCACGGGAGUCCAGUUCAUGCAAAAACUACUAUUCAUGCAGAAAAAGGUCUAAGAAAUGGGUGUGCAAAAAUAUAGCCAAAAAAUAUUGCUAUAGUUUAAUGUGAUGAUACAGUAUCGAUAUCAUGGGCUGCUGUAUCGAUAUAUCGCCAACAGUAUUUUAUGGUAUAUUUUACAAAAUUAUUUUGUUACAGAGCUACAGUUUUGGAGGAAGAAAACUCAUUUAUGCAACAUAGUUGACAUUUUCAUUGUUUUGAGGAUUAAAAUGUUUGGGUUUCAUAUAAACUUUGCACAAGAAGUGGUUUUAACAGUUUUAGUAUCACAGCAGUGAUUUAGACUUUUUAAUUGAAAUGUAUCUAAUUGAUUUGAAAUAUAUUGUACUGAAUCGAAAGUUCAGUGUAUCGAGAUAUGUAUCGUAUCGUGGUCCAUGUAUUGAGGUAUGUAUCGUAUCGGCAAAUGUUAGCUUUGUGACAUUAUAAUGGAUAAUUAAAAUACUAAAAAUAAACUAUAAGGUAAAUCAGUUUCCUCUUUAUAUUUGUGACUCUCUCAUUCCACAUCCUGAUUGUGAUUCUAAUUUUACCACAAAGGGCUACUUUUACUGCUCCCAGUUUUGGUGAACUACACACAAUUGGGAAGUUUUGUCAGAAAAAUUAUUAUUGAUACUUUACAGUGACAUUACACUGCAGAUGUUCUGCAUGUACUAUGCCUAUGGUGGACUUUUAAGCUGUUACAUUGGUGACACAAUGCACAUAUGAGCAAACACUGUCAAAAAAGCAUUUAGAAGAGAAGAAAAAAUACAAAAAUGUAUAUUUUUUUAUCAUAUCGCCCAGCCCUACUGCAAAGGAUCGAUUUUUUUCACAAAUCGUUGUGCUUUUAGUGUUGAUUUGUGUGACCUAAAGAUCUUUGCUUCAGAUUAGUUUGAUUUUGGCCUGAAACUGAAGCACAAUGUCGAGUCGGAGGAAGUCCACCACGCCAUGUAUGGUCCUCAAACAGGAAGCAGUCGAGUCGGACCAAGAAGACCUCUGCACCGCCAACCAAUCAGAGCGCAGCUCUGCCAGAGGGGGCGGGGCCACUGUCAGAGCUUUGGACAGUGAUGAUGACAUCAUGCAGGCUGACUUCUUUCCAGUGGGAGGAGGCGCAUCGGAGGGUGGAUAUGAGUGUAAAUACUGCAGCUUCCAAACGUCUGACCUGAACCUGUUCACGAGUCACGUGGACACGGAACAUCCACACAUCGUCACCAACACCUCGUACGAGUGUGUGGAGUGUGACUACAGCACCAAGAGUUACGACACGCUGCAGGCCCAUAAUGCACGCUGUCACCCUGGGGAGGAGAGCUUCACACGCACCAUGCUCACGAGGAACAACCAGACGGUUUUUCAGCAGAGCGUCAACGACCUCACGUUCGACGGUAGCUUCGUCAAAAUGGAGGAUGGUGAAAGUGAAAGCUCUGCCCCGCCCAUCACCAUGAGCCACACCCCCAUCAUGAGACAGAAGGUCCACGGCAACAAGAAGUUCACCAAACUCCUGACCCAUGACAUCAUCAAAGUGGAGAGCGAUAGCGAGGAAGACUACGACAGCAAAGAAAUGCCUGUGCUAAGCCCCGCCCCCAUGACCCCCGUGACCCCGGUGACCCCAGUUGCCCCUGUGGCGCCGCGGCUGGUCUCUGUUCCUCCGAGUCUCGUCGUGAACGGCUCCAGCGUGCUGCAGGUCAAAGGGACAGGAGGCGGGGCUAGUGGAAUGUUAGCACCUGGGACAUUAGCUCAGGUGCUCUCGGCGCUUCAGGGACACACGGCUCCGAGCGCGCCCCAAACUCAGCUCCUCAUUCCUGUCAGCAGCAUCCCCUCCUACAGCCCCGCCAUGGACAACAACGUGCUUCUCAUUGGAGCCUACAACAGGUUCCCGUACCCGUCACUGUCGGAGAUCUUGGGUCUCUCGUCUCAGACGAAAUUCAGUGAAGAACAGAUCAAAGUUUGGUUUUCGGCUCAACGACUGAAGCACGGAGUGAGCUGGACCCCAGAGGAGGUGGAGGAGGCGCGGCGUAAGAAGUUUAACGGCGCUGUGCAGGCUCCGCCCACCAUCACAGUGAUCCCGGCGAGCCUGGCAUCCGGGGGGCUCCAGUCGCUGUUUCAGACGUGUCACAUCGUCGGGCAGCCGGGGCUCGUGCUAACGCAGGUACCUGCUAACGCUAACGGGAACGUGCUGCCCGUAGCCCCGCCCCUCACCCUCACCGUCACAGGCGCUGUUCAGAACAACCAAACCGGUAACCAGCCCCCCGCCUCCGAGCCCGCCGAGACUCAAACUAAGACCGAGAUCGCCUCAGGACUUGACCAGAGUCCCACCAAACCCAAGAAGUCCAAAGAACAGCUCGCUGAGCUCAAAGCCAGCUACAGCCGCCGGCAGUUCGCCACAGAGGCAGAGAUCUCACGGCUAAUGCAGGUGACUAAACUGUCCAAACGCGCCAUAAAGAAGUGGUUCAGCGACACUCGAUACAACCAGAGGAACUCGAAGGACCACCACGGACUGCCCCCCCUGGAGACCCCUCUCCGAGCCGGCUCUGGUCCCAGCUCUGGUCCUGGGUCUGGUCCUAGGUCUGGGAGUAGAAUCAUCGAGCCAGGGCUCAGCGAAGGAGGGUCAGAGCCGGACUGUAAACCGGGUCUGAGUGGGACCAUUGUAAUUGACUCGAGCGACGACACAGAGGGAUCUCCGAGCUCCAGAGAGACCAGGGCGUCGGCAUCGCGCAGCCCCUCUGACCUCAGGGCUAAGUUCAGAAACGCUUUCCCAGACUUUACACUGCAGAAGUUUAAGGAGAAGACUCCAGAACAGCUGAUGGAGCUGGAAGCAAGUUUCCAGAAGAACCCCACUCCUACUGACGAGGAGCUGAGCCGUCUAAGAGCUCAGACCAAACUCACCCGACGAGAAGUCAACGCCUGGUUUACAGAGAGACGCAAACUGCCCUCAGAAGAACCAGACCACAGAGAUCACACCCCCACAGAACAGGCUGCAGAGGACUGUCCCUCCUCCCCCCAGCAGAGGGCGAGUGGGGGCCGGCGGGCAGUGAAAAAGACCCUGGCCCAGCUACACGUGCUGAAGAAGGCAUUCAUCAGGUCACAGUGGCCCUCGCCAAACGAAUACGAACGACUCGCCAAAGAGACCGGCCUUCCACGCUCCCACAUCGUCAACUGGUUUGGAGACACACGCUACGCCUGUAAGAACAGCGCUCUCAAGUGGUAUUAUCUGUACCAGAGCGGCAAGGUGGAUGAAGCGUUAAAUGGAGGAGCGAAGAAGAAAUCAAGGAAGCGUUUUCGAGGCUGGUCCCGACGAAGGAGAGCUCCAAGUAAACGCUCAACGCAGGACUUCAGAGCAGUGAAGGUCAAGUCGGGGGUGUGGUUUCUGAAGGAGUAUUACCUGCGACACCAUGGCCUCAGCGAGAGAGACCUGGACGAGCUUGUCUCCAAGUCUGGACUCAGCUAUGAACGAGUCCGAGACUGGUUCAACCAAGUCCAGACUCGAGAGCAGCAAGGCCUACAGGGCUUCAGCGAGGAGGAGGCCACAACGGACGAAGAGGAGGCUGAGGAAGAGGAGGAAGAAGAAAGAGAAGAGGGAGAGGGGGGAGAGGAAGAGGCUGCAGAAGCUGAAGAGAUGGAUGAGCUGUCUGAAGAGGCAGAGAGAGGAGAGGAAGAGGGCAUGGAGGAGGAGGAGGAAGGGGAGGACGACGACGAGGAGGAAGGAGAGGAGGGAGAGAGAGGAAAAGAAGAGGACAGUGAGGGAGAGAUGGAGUUGCAGGAACAUGAAACACAGGAGGGAGGAAACAGCCAAUCACAGACGGAGGAGGAGCAGGGCAGCCAAUCACAGACGGAGGAGGAGCAGGGCAGCCAAUCACAGACGGAGGAGGAGCAGGGCAGCCAAUCACAGACAGAGGAGGAGCAGGGCAGCCAAUCACAGACAGAGAAGAGGCAAAGCAGCAGCCAAUCACAGCCUGUCACCGAGGAGCAGACAUGAGCAGGUGAGGGACUCAGGGAGGGCAUCUGACACACACAGGGAGGGCAUCUGACACACACAGGGAGGGCAUCUGACACACACAGGGAGGGCAUCUGACUCAAUUCUCUGUCUCUCGCAGGAUGAAAAGACAUUUCUUCUGAACCAAACGGACUUGAGUUUGGGUUCAAGGACUGAGCCCUGGUUUAAGCCUGGAUCCUAACCGGACUAGGAUGGGGUCCUUUUGAAAACCAAACCACUGCGUUUAUUCUGAACAUUUUACUGAAAACUUUGUAAAGACUGAAACAUUUUUAAGACGCUCACAAAGUUCCAAAAGCAGGAAAUGUUUCUCUCAAGGAAAAUACGUGUGUGCCACUUCGUUUUUACCGCGUGGAACCUGUUUGGACAUUUAAGGUGGAAUAGGUGUUUCUGAGGUUUUGUUUUUGAGUGAAACUGACCGGACAAGUCCACCUUAAAAAAAAACAACAACAAAAGAUUAAUUUGAAUGUAACAGAAGGAAAAUGCCAGGAAUAAACUAGGACUAAAACCAGGACUAAAACUGGGACUAGAAGCAGGACUGAACCAGGACUUAUACCAGAUUUAAACUAGCAAAAGUAGCAUGUUAAAGCUUUUCUCGAUUCAUUUCAAGAUUUUUUUUCAACCCAAAUAUUUCGGUUAAAAUUUAAACUUCUGAAACCAAUGCUUCAGGAAAACCUCACUUUACCUCAAAGUCAGCGGUCCAAACCAGGCUCUCACUGGGAGGGCAUCUGACACAGGGAGGGCAUCUGACACAAAGGGACACAAGAGGACGGGAGAGUGUCUGACACACAGGGAUACAGGUGUUACCUCAAACUGACUAGUCUAAGCCAGGCUCUGCAGGUCACUCAUACCCUGAGGAUGGGACGGCAUCUAACACACUGAUACCUGGAGUUUGAAUGCUGCAGAUUUAGUCUGGUUCCAUUUAGUGAUGUCAUGAAGUGUUCUCCAGAAAUGCUCACCAGCUAAACUCAGCAGCUACCAUUUUAGCCUUAUUUAAACUGCUCCUCGCUCCCGGACACGAGCCCUCCAUUCAUUUACAACAUCAGAGAUAAGUGAAGUGUAGAGCAGCUGGACAGAGUGGGGAUGACAGGGCGAUGUCUGUACCGACUGUGCCUCCUGUGUGAGUGAGGUGCAGAGUCUUGAGCCCCACUGCGCUGAUGCCGUCUGAUCUAAUGCAUCAUUAUGACACGUAAAGCUGCACUGUGUAGCUUUUCUGUGAACCUCCAUGGAGACAUUUCACCUGGAGUGUUCUGCAGUACGGCAUUCAAAAGGGCAGAUUCUGCUAAAUCGAUCUUUAUUCUUUCAUCAGAAACACACUUGGAGAGGUUUUAGAUGUCAUCCAUGCAUGUUUGAGUAAUUAACCCUCCUUACGGUUAUCUGUAAGAUUUUGUCCAAUGUUCCACCCACAAGCCUACGUCACCCAUGCUCCCACACAGAGCGUAAAGAAGUGGACUAAGGGAGUGUGACGUCACUCAGCUCCACUCAAGCCUGCCUCUAUAUUAUGACAAGGAUUUUUUUUACAGAUAAAAUAGUGAAUAAAAACCCCAGGAUCAUGUAGAGUGGGUUCAUAUGCACAUUUUAAGGCCAAAAUACCAAGGCAGUUACAGAGGAGGAGCCACAAUAUUCCAGUGGAAGUCAAGUGGAGUUAUGGAGAUAUGUUAAAUGCCGUACUGUGGAAUAUUCCAGAGCCCAGGGUUCUGUGCAGAGUCUGAUACGGGUCAGAAACAGGACACACUUCAGGAUUCUUUCACACAAAUAAUAAAAAAAAAAACAGAUCUUUUUAAAUUUCAAAAAGAGGUUUAGGAUUUCCAGUGGUUCAGCUAUUUAUUUAUUAUCUACAAUUUUUCUGAAAAACUUUUGUCUGUUUCAAAAUAAAAUGUGGAAAAAUGUG